GCCACUUAAAGACAACUUGAAAGACCUCUUGAGAAUUUUUUUUUUCCAUGCUCAGGACAUUAUAAUUCAAACGUGGAAAAGAGGACUUUUCAGAAGGACAACAUUCCCCCCUGUACCCUCAUUUGUCUAUGAUCACCUUCUUUUGCUCUUACAUAUACCAUCCUAAAUCUAAAUCCUCCCUUCAACUUGCACAAUAGCCAUUUCCUCAUCUACAAAACUCCCCUUCCAUAUUCUCAAAGACCCUUUGUCGCUUUAGUGUUUUUUUUUUCAACAUCAGGUAUCCUCCACAGAAGACAAUUUUUUCCAUGAUUCGUGUAGUCUGAAUUGCAAAAUGCUAGGGAAGAAGAUGGUAUCACUGAAGAAACUAGCCAAAAGGGUGAAGGGUGUUGGAGGAGCUGAUCACUCGGACCCUCCCUACCAAGAAUGUUUGCUAAAGGGGUAUGAGGAAGAUAAAGAAUCACCCUCUAGCCCAACCCCAACAGGGUUUUUUGCACUUUAUGUUGGUGAGGAGCGUCAGAGAUAUGUGGUACCAACCAGCUACCUCUCUCACCCUCUAUUCAAGAUGCUGCUGGAGAAGGCCUACAAUGAAUUUGGCUUUGCACAGAGGAAUGGCCUAGUGGUGCCAUGCAGUGUUUCCACAUUUCAGGAGGUGGUGAAUGCUAUUGAAUGCAACAAUGGCAACUUUGACUUAGGCAAGAUUUUUGAAGAUUUUGCUUAGCUAGAGUGCAGCAAAACGGAACAUGUCAUGUGCCUUGCCAUGUUAAUUAAUUUCUUUUUUGUUUCUUAAUUUGGUUAGUGUUGAAAUGCAUCAUAACUAUGACCUCUUUGAUGGGGUUAUAUUUAUUGGAUGUUGUUCUAGCCAGAAUUUAGAACAUAGGUCUUCAUGAUGGCUAGCUAGGUGAGUUAGCUUUAAUUUCAAUUGAAGCUAUUGCUGCAAAUAACUUUCAAUUAGGAUUGAUCUGACAUGUAAAUUAGUUUUUGCCAGUAUGAUAGUGAACUAUUAAUUAAUAUUUUUUAGUCU